AUGGAUUUUUUUCGAGUGGCUGGGCAAGUGUCAAGGUUGCGGGCCGCGCCGAGCAUCAUCGAGCAUCCAUCCACGGUAACUGAGCAUGCAGCUACAAGCAUCAAGAUAACUCGAAACAGGUACAACUCAGGAAUCACUGGCCAGCAUAAUGUGUCGGUCAGAAGACAAUUCUGGAGUGGCUGCCCAGCAGACGCGAUGUCCCUGGUGCCGUGUCUCAAGUCCUUGCGUCUGCCAGUCGCGACGUGCCACGCUGGUGGCUGGGGACAGCUCCGUCCAGCUCACUCACCAGCCUCCCCUCCUCAUCCCAACCCCCCGAUAUCCUCGACCACGGCCGCCAGCGAAUUAAUUAUUAACGCAAUGGACGCCGACGGCAUUUUUGGUGCUGCCAUCCCGCACAUUACUCAUCUUCGCGCGACCGUCAUGAGCUCUCCGGACCUGGCCAAUGUGAAGACUGUCAAUUACAGCAAACCGCAGCUCCUCCACCAACAGUCUCAACACUCUGCCGCCGCGUCGGAUGACUACUACUCGCUGUCGUCGUCCGCGAGCGAUACGAGCAACACCAGCAACAAAAGCAACAAGAGCAGCAAAAGCAGCAAAGUGACCGUCGUGCGGUAUUAUGCAAUCCCGCCUCCCCACAUUCCAUCUAAGCCGUCGUCUCCCCAGCAUUCCAGACCAAACCUUGUCGAGUCAUCGCAGUCGUCCGACAACAUGAAGGGACGCCGGACCCCAACCACCCGACCUGCCACCGCCAACACGGUGCGCUUUGGCGAAAACCAGGUUUGUGAGAUCAGUCCCAGACCAGACGCCGAUCCAAGACAGGAUAGCAAUGCGCCCACGCCCGGUGUCGACGAUACACCCUACAUCCGCUUUGCCAUCGACCAAUUGACCCGCGACGAGGAGGUGACGGGCGUUGGGAGACAUGGCUCCGUCGCCAGCAGUGACUACCCCGUCGAGCGUAUUGUCGGAGAUCAAGGACUGGGAUACUACAUCCGCUCAGGACCAACGACCGUCGAAAUCAAGAAACAGCAGCCCAGCAGGCAGAAGAGCUUCGAGCGCGAGAAGUCGGCCAGUGCGGACGUCUUUGUCGCCGUCGAACCCCAUGCAGGCGACUACCGAUAUCCCCCUCUGGACUAUGUCCCAUUGGUCCUUCGUCCAUGGGCCCUGGCCAUCUUCAUCUUGCUGUGUCUUCUGACGAUUGCUGGCGUUGCGUUCUGCAAUGUCUGGUCCCAGCGUCAUCAGGGUCUGUGGGAUUAUGAUCGUGUCGGGGGAUCGCGGUAUUUCGUAUUCCAGUUCCUCCCCCAGUUGCUGGCGAUUCUCCUUGUCAUCUGGAAUUUUGUCAUCCAGGCCGCCGUGUAUCGCACGAUUCCCUACUGCAUCAUGGCGUCAGAACGGCAGAUUAACGGCGUCCUGCAACACCUCCCGAUCUUGCCACGGAACUUUGUGCUCCCAGAUCUCUCCCACUUCAGGCACGGAGAGCCCCUGAUUGGAUUUUCGCUGUUUGCUCUAUGGCUGUCGAAUCUCUUUUCCAUUCCCUUACAGAGCUGCCUCUUUCAGACCAAGUUCUAUUACUUUGGCGUCCAGGGCACUUGGAGGUGGACUUCCGUCCAACCAGUGGGCUGGACGCUCGUUGCACUCUACGCACUGUUGGUCGUUGCGUUGUCUCUCAUCAUGUUUCGCUUCUGCCAAAGCUGGACGGGUCUGAUGUGGGAUCCAGUGAGCUUGGCGGAUCUCAUCCCGCUAAUUCAGAGGUCGAAUAUUCUGCGUGACUUCGAUCGUUCUGAGACAGCCCCGAGCGUGCGCGACUCCUCGACUAAGAGGGUACUUCGACUGGGUUACUGGCGGCUGUUGGACCACGAGGAGAUCUUCUAUGGCAUCGGACAGGAAUAUGCCCCGGAAGACUCAACUGUCAACCAAUCCACCACCAGUCAGGAGAAGCAUCCAGCCGCCUCGUCCAGCGCAGCUGUAAACGAGGACCCGGAACAGCAGGGAAUCUUGCGGAACGAAGCCUUUGAACGGACUCUGCACUCCCCUUUCGUUCGGUACAGGUGGACCGUUUGGUUUUUGCGGGAUACCUCCAUCCUGGCGUGGAUCGUGAUUGCUCUGUUCCUGUUUACCGCGUUCGUGAUAGUCAGCUUUGUCAAGAAUGCCAUUGAACGGGGAUUUCUGCCGCUGUUGCCGACCUUGGCGUCGGCCAGCGGGUUUUCCGCAUCGAACUUCGUCUACAGCUUCAUUCCUGCGUUCAUUGGGACCGUCCUGUUCCUUGCGUGGCAGCCAAUUGACGUGUACUUCCGCGCUGUGCAGCCCUUUGCGUCGUUGUCGUCUCCAGAUGGCGUCUCUGCGGAGAAGAGUUUGUUGCUCUCGUACCAGUCUUGCCUUCCCAUCGAAGUGACGAUUCGUGCACUGCUUGCCGGGCACUACAAGGUUGCUUGGAUCUCGUUCAUGAGUUUCGUGUCACUGGCCAUUCCGGUCCUCUCGGGAGGUAUCUUCAUCGCGCUGUGGUACCCAUCGCAAGAGCAGGUACGCAUCUCGGCGUGUCUGCCUGCGUUUUACACGCUGGUCGCCUUCUGCGGGUUGUAUGCGCUUUCGUUUCUGGUGAUCUGGCCGCGUCGCCGGCGCUACCUGCCCCACGACAUCAGCACGCUGGCAGAUCUGAUCAGUUUCCUCUACCAGAGCCCGCUGCUCACUGACAAACUGCUGCGCGAACCUCGAGCGAAGACAGACCUAGUGACGCGAUUAGUCGUCACCCCGCCAGGACAGCAAGAAGCGCCCGUUUAUGGAUUUGGGAUCUACAAGGGUCUGGACGGAAGGGACCAUCUUGGCAUCGACCGUGUUCAUCGGCCCGGACAGCCAGACAUGCUCAUUACGUCGGCGUGGAUGAAGUAG